CAGUCAUCCAAUACGAACCUCCUCACUGUGCAGUUGCCUUGGAUAGUUGAAUUUAAUUUUUUGCCGGAUCCGAUUGCUACAUUAAAGGACAGGCAGGAGUCAGCCCAAUGCCGCCCAAGAAGAAGGGGAAAGGGAGAGGAAAGAAGGGGAAGGCGAAGAAACGCGGAGAAGAGGACGGGCUGGAGGAGAAGUACAGACGCAGCGCUCUGGACGUGGCCGUGCUGAAGGGACACCUCGCCCUGAGGCACGAGGUGGCACGCCAGUCCCAGGCCAGCGGUCAGGAGCUGCAGGCCCGAGUCGGCACGCUGGAGCGGGAGCUGAGCAAGGAGAGAGAGGACAAGAGGGACAUCAGUGCCGACCUCACGCGACAGUACAAAACCAUGCAGACGGAGCUGGGGGUCAGAGUUCACCAGCUGGAGGGUGAGGUCAGCAGGCUCCGGAAGCAGCUGGGCCUGUGUCAGGACGCCCUGCAGAAGGAACGCGAUUCCCGGGAACAGCUGGAGCUGGAGAAGGAGGCCGCCAUCGCUGAGCUCCAGGGCAAGAUCGACGACAUGGAGACCGGCUACGAGAAAAUCCUGCACGGCUGUCUGGACUCCCUGCUGACGCGGCUGGCGGAGUCGCGGCGGCGCUGGCGGGACGAGAGCACCGCGCUGCACCUGCAGCACAAGGAGCGGCUCACCGACUUCGGGCUCAACCCCCUCGACAUCUAAAA